CAGCCAGUGACGCGGCGGGCGGCCGGGACUAGCGCAGGCGGCGGCCAAUGGGCGGUCGCUAUGCUAACGAGGGCCGGGAGCGGGGCAGCCGUCAAAGAUGGAGCCCGAGCGGCGGCGGCGGCGGCUGUGGGAGUGGGAGCGGGAGCGGUACCCUGAGCAAUUGGGGCGGCGGGCUCCACCGAGUUGCGGCCUCGCCCCACGCCCGACCUGAGCCGCGCCCCCGGAGCGGGCUGGGGGCAGGCGGCCCCCACGGCCCUGGGAGGGGAUGGGGUCUCUGGGCCCGACACGCUCCUGGUGGCCAGGGCCCUUUUCUUGUUGCCCUGCUGAGCCAGCGAGGGGGCAGUGCAAUGUUAAAAGGGCAUUGGCCGCCAGGACAGGCCGCCGGGAACCAGCGCGGCCCUCGCCCAGGCCGGGCCCCACCAGGCCCCUCUCCUCACCGCCCCCCCUCGGUUUCCCCCUUCCUGGCCGCCCCGCCUCGGGUCACCAGAGCUCAGACCUCUUUCCCUCUAGGGGCCCCCCACACUGGGGGUGGGGCCAGCCGGGCCUCCAUUAGCCUCCCAGCCCUGGAAGGUCAUCCUGUGUCUGGACUGGGGGGUGGGGGGGUGGCUCCUCUCCCUUCUCCCUCUGGCCCCUCCCCUCCCGGCCCUAGGGGCCUCCCUCUCCCCUUCUGUUCGGCCUUCCUGCCCUGGUGGCUCAGGGAAGAGACUGAGGCAGGUAUGGGGGGAGCCGGUGGAGGCAGGGUCCACUGGGCCCCCCCAAGGCCCAUGGAAGUCAUUUCCAUUCUCUGGGCCUCGGAUUCUUAGGGGAACCCCCCCCCCCAAAGCCUGGGCCCUGACCCUGUUUGGGCCCAGGCCAGCCUCCUGGUCCUCCCUCCCAGGGUGGGGGCCGGCCCUGAGCCAGGCUUCUCUGCUGGGGCCCCCAGACAGCUGGGGUGGGGGAAGGGCCAGCCUGAGGCUGCUGACAUUCCCCAAAUGCCUGGGGGCCCCUCCCGGUCCUGUCCCGGCCUGUGGAGCCAGGCAGCUGGCCCUGCCCCCUGCCCGGCCCCUGUCUGGGCUGUUGGGGGAGGGGAGGGCUGCCCACCUCCCCUUGGCCUGGGCCUGCCCGAAGCUCUUUCCCUGUUGCCCUGCUGUCCGGUCACCUAGCAGUGCAAUUGUGAAAGGGCAUUGGUGAGGCCUACCUCGGAGGAGCAUCGGGACAGCUGGGAGCCCUUAGAUGGACGAGGAGCUGGCAGUCCACAACCACUGUGUGCUGGGCCUGGAGUUCCAGUCUGGCCUCGCUGGGUGACCCUGGCAAAGUCCCUUCCCUUGUUGGCCUCGGUUUCCUCCUCUGUCACAUGAGAUGAAGGAAAUGGGCAGCUAUCCCGGGAUCUUUCCCAGGAAAGACCCAACAGGGUCAGGAAGGACUGGGCCAACGGCUGAGCUCUCAGAGGCCGAAGAAGCUCCCUGGAAGUCACUCAGUACCUCUGCCUCACUUUCCUCACCUGUGCAAUGGGAACGAUUGUGGUUGUGGGAUUGGGAUAACUGUAAAGUGCUGGUCACACAGUAGGUGCUUAAUAAAUGCUCGUUCUGGAGGGAGACA